AUGGAAGAAAAUGAUGUGCCUCGUCAGUCUAUCUCAGUCGGGAGGCAAGAAAUUCGAAAGAGAAGGCGAACUGUCCAACCAAUGGUAGACAAAUCCCAGCAGACUGAAGGGACAGAGAAAAAGAAACACCAGGCUGUAUCACAAUCGACUGUUCCCAAGGCUAUCUUAAGUAUUGGUAAUAUUCCUGGAAGCAAUGGCCACUACUCUGCCAAAGAAUAUGAGCAUUUUCAAGUAUCUUCUCAAAUUCAGCAAACUUGGGCAAAGAAAAAGCAUGGACAGAAAAUGACUGAUGAAUCUCUCCAGACAGAAACCUCUGUGGAAAAGAAAAAAGUCAAGUCAUCUGAUAGACCAGUGGGGCCUAAAAAGAAGCCAGCUUGUGUUGGAAAAGCAGGUCCCGAAUUGCCUGAGGGUGUCCAGGGAGUAGAAAUUAUACCAAGCCAAUACUCAAUUCAAUUUAAAAUAGACAGAUCUCAGCAGACCAUUUAUACUGGGGACCUGUCUGUGAUGAGCUUGCCCCAAGUAGAAAAAGUGGACAAGGAACAGCAGACAUACUUUGCUGAAUCAAAAAUACUGAUUAUUUCUGAGGCAGGUAGCUCUCUUACAAAUUCAAAGGAAAGUAUCCACAUAUAUAAAUCCUUAAAAAAGAUUUUUGUUAGUGACAGUCCUGAAUUUCAACCAGCAAUAAGUAGCCAUGGAAAAAAAAGGCAGAAAAAUAUCAACAGAGAUUCAUUUACUCAGGAAACCCCAAAAGAUACUCCAUUAUUUUUAGCAGAUGAGUCUAGGCAAGAGGGUUCAGUUGUUAAAAAAGAUGCUUCUGUUGAAACAGAGUAUCUACCACCAGAAGAAUUUCCUACUGAAGGACAUUUUUUACCAGCUGAAGAGGCCAUAGCUGAAGUAGAGCCCAGACUUGCUGAAGAGACCCCUACUGAAGUACAACCUACAAUUGAAAAGACCCUUGUAUCUGAUAAAACUACUUCAACUACAGAGAUUAUAGUACCCCCUUCUCCAGAUGAAGGAUCUCCUUCCCUAGAGCCUGAAGGCCCUGCAGAAGGACAGUUUUUACCAGCUGAAGGGGCCAUAGCUGAAGUAGAGCCCAGGAUUGCUGACGAGACCCCUACUGAAGUACAACCUACAAUUGAAAAGACCCUUGUAUCUGAUAAAGCUACUUCAACUACAGAGAUUACAGUACCCCCUUCUCUAGAUGAAGGAUCUCCUUCCCUAGAGUCUCUGGCUAAAAUUCAGCCUCCACUGGUGCAAGAGGCUCUUUCAGAAGAUCAUUUUGGUCAAGCAGAGUCCUCACUAGCUGAAGUAGAUCCUUCAGAAGAGCUUCCUCCUGAAAUUCAGCUUCCACUAGUAGAAGAGACUCCUGUUGAAGUUCGACCUACAGUAUCUGAAGAUGAGUUUGGUGAAGCUCCAGCUGAAGUACAGUCUGCAGAAAAGGCCCCUGCUCAAGUUCAGCCUCCAUCAGUUGUAGAGGCUCUUACAGAAGUGAUCCUAGAACCUGAACUUCCAACAAGUAAGGAAGCCCCUAAACAAAAGCCCUCUGCUAAAGUGCAUUCUCGAACAGAUAAGAAGUCUCCUAUAGAAAAGCACUCUCCCAAAGUUCAGCCUCUCAUUGAUGAGGGAGGCAUUGUAGAAGAGUUCCCGGCUGCAGUUCAGCCCCCACCAAAUGAAGAAGCUCCUGUUGAAAUUCAGUCUCCAUCAUUUGAGGAGUAUCCUAUAGAAGAGGCUCCUGCUGAAGCUCAGCCUCCACCAGCUGAGGAGUCCCCUCUAAAAGAAGACUUGUCUCUAGAUCAGUCUCCACCAGCUAAGGAGACCAUUUCAAAAGAGGUCCAGACUGAUAUUCAGUCUCCAUCAGAUGGGGAGGCCUUUCCAGAAGAGGUCCUGGCUCAAGUUCAGUCUCUACUAGCUGAAGAGGCCAUGCUUCAAUUUCAGAGUCCACCAGUUGAGGAGUUCUUUCCAGAAGAAGUCCAGGUUCAAAUUCAGCCUUUAUUAGCUGAGGAAGUCCCUGCAGAAGAUGACCCCGGUGACAAAGAUCUUUCAGUAACUGAUGUGGUUCCCACUGAAGAGUUUCCUGUGCAAGAGAUGAUUGCUGAAGUUCCACCUCCACCAUCUGAACCAACUCCUGCAAAUGGGGAUGUGUACUAGAGAGUGUUUCCUGAACUUCAGUCUCCCUAGAUAGCAGGUGUCUCAGUGUCAGUUGUUUUAGAAGAUAAUAAAAAAUUUGAAGAAAGUGUUCCUGUUCCUGAAGAUUUGUCUAUUGUCAAAGAGGAACAGGUUCCCAGUAUUGAAAUAAAAGAUACCAUUAAUAUAGAAUUAAAAGACUUCUCUUGA